AUGAACCAAAAUCCACACCACUUUAUGAAGCCCCAGCCUGACUCUGCAGAAGGCUAUGGUGGUCUAGAGAAGUUGCAAGGAAAGGAGAAAGAAAGCCACGCAAGAGGUCUGCAAGUUGGAAAGAAUUGUCCUGCAGAUCCAAAGGAGCAAGAGCCGAAAGAGUCAACAAGAGAACAUCUCCCAUGGGAAUCUGGGAGAGCCAAUGGAGAGACGCUAUCGCUCCAAAGAGACGGCAGUGGCUUGCCCACUGGCGGUGUAUGCCCUGUGACAACACACUCUUCAAGGCCUUCUUCUGACCUGUUCCAUCCUGGGUUCAGCAACAGAGCGGACCCAAGUCAAGAAUGGAAAGUGGUGAAAGUUAAACGGGUUCUUAUCUCUCCUGUUGGUGAACCUAGGAAAGCAAAUUUUCUUAUUUGCUGUGAGAAAGUGACCAAAGGUGUGGGAAUUACUACACGGCCAGUUGCUGCCGCUGCGAAAGCCGGGACACCCGAUCCCGGAGGCGCCGCCGCCACCGCCAGCAGACAAACACAAACAGCGCUGCUGGGCGAAAAACACGGCAGAGGGGCUGGAGCGGAGCGGAGGCGGCUCGGCCGGGGAAAGGAGCCGGGCGCUUGCGGAGGGGGAGUGGAGGACCUACGGCCACCCGCCAAAGGGUGCGAAGAUAUUUCAAGAAGUGCAAGUCUUUCUGAAAAAGAGCUGAAGGAAGCAAAAGCCAGAAGCCAGCGAAUUGCUGCCCAGCUGACAACCCCACCCAGCUCCAACUCCAAAGGGGUCCUUCUGUUUCAUAGGCGCAAGCAACGGGUUAAUGCAUUUACCUUAGAAGCCCCCAAGACAACAAGCAGAGAACAGGUAGCUGUGGAGGAGGAGGACAACCCCAGAGCGAAUGCUCACCACAGCAUUCCCAGCCAUGGGAAAGAGUUCCAUUUGAAGCAGACCUUAAGAGAAAAGAGAGAGCCAAAAGGAUCGUCUUGCCCCAAAGAUUCUGGAUUGUGGAAACAAAGCAGCACUAUGGAGAAGUAUGAGGAGAGACUAGUUGUAGAACAGACUCUAGAUAAUACACAGGGCUCUCAGUGGAAUAAAGUAAAUAGUGAGAAGAACACCCCAUUAUCCUCCGAGGAGAUUCCAGCUGAAGACUUUCAACAGAUCCCUCUCAGUGUGUACCUCAAGGCAAGUACAGGGACAGCUUCAACCAAUGGGAUGCAUGAACUUACAAGCCAUGAGUUUGAAAAAGCACCUCUUAUUGAACAAGCACCAGCUAUCGACCGUUUAGAAAACAUAUCCCCUAUUGUGGAUGAUGCGCCUGUCACUGACAGGGAGAAUAAUAGUACCAUUCUUGAAAAGGAGCCAUACAUGCUGCAUAUUGACAGAGAGAACAAUGUUCUUGAUAAAGAGCCAUAUUUACCCAUUAUUGGCAGUGAGAAUAACAACAACAUCCCUGACAAGGAGCCGUACAUGCCUAUGAUCGAUAGGGAGAAUAAUAUUGUUCUUGACAAGGCACUGAGUGAACCAGUUAGCGAGGGGAAGGAGAAUGGAGAGCUUCUCAGCAAGGAGCAGGAUGUGUUGAUCAUUGACAACGAGAACAUUUUCCCCAGUGCUGAAACUGAGAAACCCAUUCUCGUCACUGAGAUACAGCCUAAUGAAAUACCGGCUCCCACUAAUAAGCAGUACUGUGAAGUACGCCUGACGUUGUCUAAACCGAUGCCUGUGAAGAACCGAACUGCAAGACCUUUUGGAACUCAGUCACUAGCUUCGCCCCCCACACCAGCAGCAGAGAAAAGCCCCGUAGUAGAGCUUCCUCCACCCCCCACCUAUGCAGAAACAUUUUCCAGUCCUCCUCCAGUAACAAGGGUCAGGUCACCUCCAGCCUACUCAGCACUGUACCCUAAUGAAGAAGAGAAGGCCCCUGUUCCACAAGGGGCUAAGUAUGAAGACAGCAGACCAGGACCCCAGUCUGGAGAGAACAAAGAGCCACCUCCAAAUAAAUCAGGCAUUCUGGAGGAGUCUGCAGCCCGCCGAGCAACCAAAAAGUUCAUGUUCACCUUCGUUGAGAAGCCAAAAGUGGCUCCUAAUCCAGAUCUUUUGAAUUUAGUCCAGAGAGCAGAUAAUAGGAAAAAGCAGAAAGGACAUGGAGGAGCCAUUGCUGAGGAGGAGCCAUUUGCUCUGGGAGCAGAAGCCUCUAACUUCCUGCCUGAAAGUAGUUCGAUGGAGGGGGCAGCCCAGGCCCCUGGAGAUACAGCACCAGAAUGGUCUUCGUGUUUAAGGUCACCAAAAAUCCAACCCAAGCCAAUGAUCAAAUCCAACCAAAGCCUAUCAGAGGCAAGAGGGAAAGGAGCAGAACUCUUUGCCAGAAGGCAGUCGAGGAUGCAGAAGUACGUUAUUGAGUCACCAUCACACCCAGAUAUAACCAGGUCUCCUUCACCUACGAUGUCCCUCCCUCCCUCCUGGAAAUACGCUUCAGAAACUCAUCUCUCCCCCAUGGCAUUCCAUCCCACACCCAGAAGUCCAGCCAGAUCUCAGAAGGCUCCUCCUGUACCUUUGUACAACAGCAACAUGUCAGAGAGUGAGAUUUCGAAAAAGGAGCUGGAAAUCUCGAAGCAACAGCCAUACCAGCUCCAGUCCUCCUUGUUCAUCCUGUCUCCAGUCAAAGGGCCAUUAAGGUCUUUACCAAAAGGGGCACCACCGCCAAAGCCUGUGAUUCCAGAACCCAGUUAUACGAGACAGGCUUCUUGCCCAACGUCUCCCUUGCCACCUCCUCCUAUUUUGUAUCCACCGGCCCAGCCCAGUCCAAGCAGAUCAAUGCCUGGUCUGUUUGCCCCAUCAGCUGGGACUGUGCAUCCAUCUCAGAACAGCAGAGCAAGCACGGAAACAGCACCGGAACCCUCUUUUGAAUACUCUUCUAGAAUUUUGUCGCCACGAGCUAAAGGAGUCUUCCAAGCUCCAAGGCCUUCUUAUUCCACCAAGAGUGCAGGAAUUGAGCCUCAGGAGAGAAAGGCGUCCCUGCCUGCUUCCCCGACGUGGACUCCACGACAGCUGCGACGGCAGCCUAGCAGUUUAGAUGGCUGGCUGAGCCCAGCCCCGACUCCAGAGCCCGAAGAGGGCCUUAUCGAGGCUUUUCGAGCUACCAGUGUCAUGAGCCCUCAGCCCCCCAUGUCCCCAUCCUGGAGCGAAAGAUCUCUCUCCCCCUUUCGGCAGGAGAUGGAUCCCAAGUCCAGCCGACAGAUGCAGGCGCUCCUGGCCAGAAACAUCAUCAACGCUGCCCGCAGGAAGAGCACUUCUCCCAAAGCCACGGGGGUAGAGUGCUUCAGGCCUUUCACUCCCCCUGCCGAUGUGUCGUCCUCCAGCAGCAGUCCCAAGAACCAUUCCCCAAGCCCACUGCAAUCUCCCAGGCCCAUGAGAAUGGAUGGGUACAGACGCGUCUCCCUCCCCACCUCCAUGGCAUCACCACAAGCCAGUGCAUCUUCAAGCAACAGCCCCCGGCUGCUGGGCAGCCCCUCUCCAACCUACAGAAGCCCACUACAGUCGCCGAAAGCAUUGCGGAUGAAUGGGAACAAGUACUUCACCCUGCCCAUCAAUGCCGGGGGAUCAUUUUUCAGUGCAGCAACUAAUAAUGGCCCAAGAACCAUGGGCACCCAUUCUGUAGCCCACAGGGAUCCAGCACUGUCUCCAAAACCAACCAUCAUGGAUAGCCAUCGGAUCUUCACCCCACUAGCAAGUACCAGCAGAAAAUCAUCAUGUGUCAGUCCCAAGAAUCUGGGCUCCUGUUCCCCAACCCUCAAGAGCCCCCUGCAGUCCCCCAUUGUGAGAGCACAUUCUCCAGUGAAGCGCAACACCUCCAUGUCACCCACCAACUCCGAUGUGUCCCUUGACUCCGAAGACUCGGGAAUCAAGUCACCCAGCAUCCGCAGCUUAAACAUUUGUCCCCGAGGCUGGAAUGGGAACCUGCGGCUGAAACGGGGUAGCCUUCCCACAGGGGCACCCUGCACCUCCUAAGUGUGGGGUAACGGAGAGGCCGUGAAGCCUGUUGCCAAAGCAUUUACAUGGGCCAGCAAGCACAUAAUCCUGGCAACCUAAUGAAGCGUAAGGGGGAAGCAGCCAGGUCUGCAAAGAUCUCCACAAGCCUUCUCCACUGCCACUUUCUGGAGACUUAGAAGGACAGGGUAGAACAAGGAAUCAUUGGUGGAUAAGACUUCUCAGGGCAAAGUUGCCUUAAGCGGAGGGAAAUGUGGCUAAGAUUCUACCCCAACACACCAGAUCUCCAUAGGAUCCCUUUUAGUGCCCUCCCCUAUCACGGCAUUUGUAUGUGUAUUUGGCUUUUACGGGCUUUGUUUUAUCUAUCUCCACUGGACUGGAGCCACCAAUAACUUCCUUUGCUCAGGAGAGAUUAAUAAGGCUUUGACUGCUUUUGUUCUUGUUCUGAAAUAUCCUGUGGGAGGAGGACAAUCACACACACACACGCUG